AUGCCCAAAGUCAUGCCUGUGAUCACCCUACCGCGAAUAUACGAGAACCAGCUGGCCGAAAGCGUGAACGCGCGGACCUCGAUUCUCGACCAGCUGAGCGAGCUCGGACCUCCAGACCUGGUGCAUUUCACCAAGUACGACAAGUCUUUGCAUUCAAACGUCGGCGAGUACCACUACUGCACCGGAAUCAAUACCGUGUCGAUGGUUCAGCCCUAUAUGUAUUUGCAGACGGCUCAAUUCAGCGACAAACAGCCGGCGUCCGAAAAACACCCCGUGACAGGUAUUUACUGUUCAUACAAUUGUUUCAGCAGGGGAGACUUGCGGAUCCAGCGCAAAUUCCCCGGCUCGGAGGAGCCUCUGGCCGAGUUUGUUCCCGCAACCACCAAGAAAAAAUACGAAAUCCUGGAUGAACACUCAAAUAUAUGGAUAGAAACCUACGUUUCAUGCAUUGUCAGAUCUCUGCUGUUUAGUGACGACAUCGAGCGCCAGCUACCGGGAAUGUGUCGCUACAACAUGUUUGAGUCCAAGAAGGACGUCCAGGAGGCCAUCAUUGCGCUGGUACGGAUGAUACCGAAGGGCGUCGCUUGCGGCUGCUCUAGUUUGGUGAACCAUCCCACCAUUAUGAACAACAACCUGAUAGACGCACUCAUGCGGCUGCUCAAAAUAACCCAGUUCCAUGACUUUGCUUAUCGCGAGGUCGAGGCGCUGGAAAAGUCACACAAGGGUCUGAAUGCCAACGUCCUCAAAGUGAAGAUCCUGCUCCAGCAGGGAGAAAAUAUAAAAGCUGUCAGGCUGAUGCAUUCCGCGAUUAAGGAGCAUUCGCGUGACGGGCUGAUGCUUCUUGAGCAGGCGCGGUUUCUCAAUGGCCAGAACAGGGCAGAUCUGGCCCUGGCCUCCGCUCAACGAGCCGUUGAGUGUCUUCCUACAGAAUUCGAAUGCUGGAAAACGCUUAUCCACGCUCACAUUCUCAACAAGGACUUCCACAACGCCCUGUUGGCCCUCAACUCCUGUCCCAUGUACACAAACAAGAAGAAAGACGUCUUCAAGGCACUGAAGCCUAGGGAGUUUGAGUUCCCGCUGCCGACGGAGGGAAAGCUGGAACGAGUGUGGGAGGACACAGACACAUUUGGCUGGGUGUCUGGCUACGGCGGGAUCGUGGAGUUCUCGCCUGUGGCGCACAUUCAGAGCGUGUCGCAUUCGCAUCUUGCACUUUACGACGACGUCAACAAGCUCCACAGCACUUUUCGCGAGGCGUACGACCUGCUGGCCAUCAUGGAACGGGCUUUGGGGUGGUCUGAGAUCCUGAGACUGCGCUCCAGCAUAUUUGUGAUGGAAACAGAGUACAAUGACUCGCUGCAGAUGGAGCAGCAGGAGCAGCAGCGCCAAUGGGAGCAGAUGUCUCAGGGAGAUGACAACUCGCUACAAGUGCCUUCUGAGCGGCGCAGCCGUUCGAGAUCGAUCCGUUCUCGAAACGGGUCUGUCUCGUCGAACUCGCACGUUUCGAAAUUCCGUGGAAAAAGACUUAGCGAGCGCUGGCUGGACUCCCUGUUCCUGAUUCUCUACGAUAACUUAAAAUCUGUGCUGAUCUGGGAAAACGAGAAAAGGGGCAGUGACGAGACACCAGUGCAACACAUCGCUCUCGAGUGGGAGCUGAUCGCCAUGGAGUGCCAAUACAUUCACAGGUACGAGGCGUCGCUGGUGCCGUACAAAACGUGCUUCGACAACCGGUUCAGCGUUUUUGCAGCGUACACGCUUCUGGAGUACUAUCUGUACUACACGGAGCAUAACACGGAGUUUGUGAAGCUAAACGGGAUCAGGUCCGAAAACUACAAACUCACAGACGAGUAUGUUCUGAAAGUCUGUUGCAAGCUCAUGAGCUGGAGCUCCCGUUUCUACGGCGAGUUCUCGUUCGUGUGUCUCCAGGUGCUACAGAAGCUGCUGCAAACCCAAGACGCCAUUCUGAUCAAGGAUCAGGUGAAGGGGCUGUUUGAUUACGAUCCAAACACGCAGGGACUGGUGUCGCUCGUGGACAGAAACCUGCGGUGGCUGGAUCAGUUCCAGGACAUAGACGUAUAG